AACCGAAUGCCGAAAAAACAGAAUUAUGAAAUUCCACCGUGGGAACGGUCUAAUUGGGAGUUUAUGCAUGAAGGCCAGAAACGGUAUGCCUAUGAACAAUGGCUAAUGUCUCGUGUUCGCCGUGGUUUGCCUAUAGAUCACGACCGCCCAUCAACAUCUGGUUCAGCCUCUGGAACAAGUUCUGUAGACGAACAUCACGUGGACGAAGAAGUAUCACAUAGCGAAGAAGACGAAGACGAAGAAGGACCAGAAGAACCACAACAACAUUCUGAACCACAACGUUUAGUACCAUACUCUGACAGUGACGAAGGUAUGAGUUCGCCAAUGCAGGUAGAUUCAGGUAAACGACAGGCUGCAGCAGGUCAAUCUGGUGGAUCUAAGAAAAAAAAACGUUAACAGGCAC